UAGCCUGAUGUAUAUUUGUAUCAGUCCACAGUGUUGCAGCAAAUUCACAACUUAAUAGAGCUAAAUAAUUGGAUCUUAUUUACGCAUUUAAUAUUUGUAUCUUUUAAGUUAUUUGUACUACCGUUAUAUAUUAUAUAUAAUUAGUGCAUAAUUGUUCACAUUUGGGGAUGGAAAUGUCUGCUGUGUUCUUGCACCUGUUGAUGGCAGCAUUUGGCACCCUUGUUUUACACAUGCUGAAGUUCAAGGCUACUGCUGAUCAGACGCCAUGCAUUCCUAGAAAAUUUGAUCAGGAUUCAAUUGUGUGUGUAUGCAAUGCCACCUACUGCGAUUACCAAGGGAUAGAGGGAGGAGGUCUGUUGUUUACAUAUUAUAACACCUUCAUGACAACCCGUGAUGGACUGAGAAUGCAACGAGACAUUGGGUCAUUUGACGAUGGAGUUAAACCUAAUAAAUACAUCUUUAGUGUUGGCAACGAAACUAAGCAGACAAUCAUCGGGUUUGGUGGAGCUUUCACAGACGCAGCAGUGUUGACGAUGAAUUCUCUGUCUGCAGAUGCCCGCAGGAAUCUUAUCAAUUCCUAUUACGAUCAGCAAGGCAUCGAGUACAAUCUGGGAAGGAUUCCCAUGGCUAGUUGCGACUUCUCAACACAUAUUUACUCCUACGAUGAUGUUGAUGGUGAUUUGAAACUGGAGAAUUUCAAGCUGGCUGAUGAGGACAUAAAAUACAAAAUUCCCGCCAUUCUUGACGCUAUCAAAGUCAGUAAGAGGAAUGUUUCCCUUUUUGGAAGCCCAUGGAGCUCCCCAGCCUGGAUGAAAACCAACGGCAACAUGACCGGAAAGGGGCAGAUCAAAGGGUCACCUGGCGGGGAGUACUUUAAAGCUUGGGCAAAUUAUUUUGUAAAGUUUAUACAGGCUUACAAGGCACAGGGUAUCAAUAUAUGGGGACUGACUGCCCAGAAUGAGCCCAGUGAUGGCAUGAUAUCAGGUUUCGCCUUCCAAUGUUUGGGCUGGACCCCCGAACUCCAGAGGGAUUUCAUCUCCCAGGACUUGGGACCGGCCCUGGAAGCCAAUGGCUUGGGUGACGUUAAGUUGAUGAUCCUUGAUGACCAAAGGGUGUUUCUACCAUAUUGGGCGGAAACUGUCCUUAAUGAUCCAAACGCUGCAAAAUAUGUUUCUGGGAUCGCAGUACAUUGGUAUGAGGACCUGGUUGUUCCUACAUCGGCACUGGAUCGUACGUACAAGAAGUUUGGAAAUAAUUACUUCAUUCUGAACACAGAAGCGUGCGAGCAAGACAUUAUCAACAAGAAUCGGUCAGUGCUGCUAGGCAACUGGUACCGUGGUGAGCGUUACUUCACGGAUAUAGUCCAGGACCUUAAACAUGGAGUAGCGGGCUGGGUGGACUGGAACCUGGCGUUAAACAUGCAGGGAGGCCCGAACUGGGAGAACAAUCGGGCGGACAGUCCAGUUAUUGUCAACGCUGAUAAAGGAGAGUUUUACAAACAGCCAAUGUUUUAUGCCAUGGGGCACUUCAGUAAGUUCGUCCGACCUGGUUCUAAGGUCAUUUCCCACGUGGACAAUCUUCCAGGCAGUUCGGAUCUGCAGGUGAUAUUUGUAGAGCGUGAAGAUAAUUCUAUCGUGGCAAACAUGGUGAAUAUUAACGACCAGGAAGUGUAUAACAUUACUAUUACAGACUCUAUGGUGCCAGGAUAUCUGAACUACCAAAUACCUCCAAAAAGUUUCGUCACUUUCAUAUGGUAUAGAAAGUAACCAAGUGCUUAUUUGGUUAGCAACGAUACUUUGAUAAUUUAUUUUAAUAUUAACACAAACUGUCACGUUCUUUUUUCACUGCCAAAAUGUUAAAUUUAAUAUAAUUCUUGAUAAUAGAUUAUCUUGUAAUAGCAAUACAAUCUUACUCAAUACAUGUAUAUACUAAGAUUAAAAGCAGUUAAACCUG